AUGGAAGACUUAAAUGAUAAUUUCGUGUUUAAUAAUUUCAUGUCUAAUAAUUCUGUGUCUAAUAAUUCUAUGUCUAAUAACUCUGUGUCUAAUAAUUUCAUAUCGAAUAAUUUAACAAAUUCUGAUAACUCUGUGUCUAACACCUGUAGUAGUAAUAGUCUAUAUUGUACUAAAGAUCAUUGGAAUAUGAUAUUGAAUAAUAAUAAUAAAGCCUGGAAGUGUUGUCAUUGUCAAGAAAAAAUAUAUAAAUUUAAUACAAAUAGAACUUAUCUAAAGCAGCAUACAACAUCUUGCUCUUAUUCUCCUAUAUGUGAAUCUCGGAAUAAUAAAUCUAGACUCAUUAAACCAAUUAUGAAAGAUAAAAUGGAUAACUCAAUUAUUGAUUUGGUUGUUGGAACUGGAAUUUUAUUUAACAUCUUUGAUAAUUCACUAUUUCAUAAUAUGGUAAAAAAACUUUAUAGUGUAGCCGAUUCAUAUAAAAUCUCACACUUAACUACAAUAUCGCAGCAUCUAUCUGGAAAUAUAUUUAGUAAAAGAUUAGAGUUCAUAAAAAAUAUAUUAAUAAAAACUUCAGGUCAAAUUUCAUUAAUGUGUGAUAGGUGGCAUUUGACAGUUCACAGAUGUCACUAUACUGUAGUAACUGGAUCCUGGAUAAGUGAUGACUGGCAACAAAAUUGUUCAAAUUCUAUAUCCAAUGCUAUAAAAGUAAUAUUAGAGAUUUCACAGCAUCUCAAAAAGAUUAAUAUUAAUAAUAUGACUUAUUUAAUAAUAAAAAAAUUUGAAAAGUAUUGGAAUAAAAUAAUUAAUCAUAUUAUAAUCACACAUAUACUUGAUCCUAGAUACAAAUUCGAAUAUUUAAAAGCAACAUUAAUAGAAGUUAGAGAGUAUAGUGAUAAAGACGCUGAUCAAUUUAUUGAUAAUAUUAGACAAAAGAUUAUCUUAUAUAGGAGAAAAUAUAUAAAUAUACAAUCACCUUCCACUAUCAACAGUAUUAAUGAAUCACCUCCUACUACCAAUAUUAUCAAUGAACUACUCCCCACCACUCAAUAUAAGCUAGAGUUAUACGAAAAAGAUCCUAUAGAAGAAGAAAAUAAUGGUGUUUUAAUUUGGAAUUCAUUAUCAAAAAAAAUUCCAAUUUUAAAUAGAAUAGCACACGAUUACCUCAGCAUUCAACCUUCAAACAUCACUAGUAAAAGGGCAUUUUUGAGAGCUGGGUUUACUAUUACAAAUGAUAGAGCAAAUUUGAGUGAGAAAACUGUUGCUAGUACAAUUCUUAUGCAUUCAUGGCUUUUAGAAAGCCAAAAUGAAUUUAGUCCCCUUAAUGCUCUUCCUAAAUCAUAA